AUGGCGCCUCUCAAAGUAACCUUCCUGGGCCCCGCGGCCUCUUUUUCGCACCAGGCCGCCGUUGAAACAUUUGGUCUCUCCUCCGAACUAAUACCCUGUGUAUCGUUCGCAGACGCAAUCGCCGCCGUUCAGAACGGAGAGGCGGACUAUGCCAUUGUUCCAUUCGAGAAUUCAACAAAUGGCUCAGUUGUUCAGACAUUGGACCUACUCGUGGACCGCGGCGGGGUCUAUGCAGAUGUCGAAGUGUGCAGCGAAUAUUACCUUACUGUACACCACUGCCUUUUAGCUCGAAAGGGCCUCAUCCCGCUAUCGCCUCGAGAUUAUAGCUCCAUCGUCAAGCUAUAUACGCACCCACAAGCCUGGGGUCAGUGUGAGAAAUUUCUCGCGCGAAACUUCAGAGGCGUGGAAAGACAAGAUGUGUCCUCUACCUCCAAGGCGGGCGAGGUCGUCCUCAAAACGGACACAGAAGCCAAUGCCGCCAUAGCGAGUCGCUUUGCUGGGGAGCAUCAUGGUCUGGAAAUAUUGGAAGAGAAUAUUGAGGACAUGGCCAACAACACUACACGAUUCCUGGUGUUAAAGAACGUGUCGUUGGGGCGCACCGAGCUCGCUUUCGAAGGUGUCAAAACGUCGUCAACCCAAGACUUACCCCAGACUGUCGCAAAAACGAAGAAGACAUUGACUUCAUUCAUGAUUCGCCAGGAUACGCUGGGAACAUUGGCGGACGCUCUGCUGAUCUUCAAAGAAUCUGGCUUGAAUCUUACCAGUAUAAGCACACGACCGAGCCAAAUACAGGCAUGGAAGUAUGUGUUCUUGGUAGAAAGCGAGACUGAACAAAAUACAGAAGUGGUGCCCGCUGUCAUGGAAAGACUGGGGAAAGUCACCGAAAAUUGCAGGCAUCUGGGCACAUGGGCCAACCAGCUCGUGUCAACUUGA